AUGAGGAGUGAUAAUGAGAGCACUGUGUCUGAGUUCAUCCUCCUGGGACUCCCUUUUCCAGCAGGAGACCAGGGCAUGUACUUUGCCCUGUUCCUGACCAUGUACCUGACCACAGUGCUGGGGAAUCUGCUCAUCAUUCUGCUCAUCAGGCUGGACUCUCACCUCCACACCCCCAUGUACUUCUUUCUCAGCCACUUGGCCUUCACAGACAUCUCUUUCUCAUCUGCCACAGCUCCAAAGAUGCUAACAAAUAUGCUGACACAUAAUAAUUUUAUCUCCUAUGCUGGGUGUGUUUCCCAGGUAUACUUUUUCACUUUUUUGGGGAGCACUGACAGCUUUCUUCUGACAUCCAUGGCCUAUGACAGGUAUGUGGCUAUCUGCCACCCUCUGCAUUAUACAGUCAUCAUGAGUCAGAGCCUCUGUGAUCUUCUAGUAGUUAUGUCCUGGACUUUAUCUUUGGCUAAUGCUCUUAUUCAUACACUUCUCUUGGCUUGCUUAUCUCACUUUAGAAACAAUACUAUCCCACACUACUUUUGUGACCUCUCUGCCUUGUUGAAGCUGUCCAGCUCAGACACCACUGUCAAUGAGAUGGCCAUCCUUCUUUUAGGUACAGUGGUCAUUACCCUGCCAUUCAUAUGCAUUCUACUCUCUUAUGGACACAUAGGAGUAACCAUCCUGAAGGCUCCUUCCAUCAAGGGAAUCUGCAAAGCCUUGUCCACAUGUGGCUCUCACCUCUGUGUAGUUUCAUUGUACUAUGGAGCCAUCAUUGGGCUAUACCUAGUCCCCUCAUACAACAACACUAAUGACAAGAAUGCCAUUUUGUCUGUGAUGUAUGGUUUGGUCACACCCAUGCUCAAUCCCUUUAUCUAUAGUCUGAGAAAUCGAGACAUGAAAGGAGCACUAAGAUAUAUCCUCAGCAGAACAAAAUGA